GAAUCAAUGAAAAAAAGUGUAUUUCCUGUUAUAGUUAAGAGUUUGAAAACAUUAGGGAUGGAGGCUGAUCCAAAUAACAAAACAUUGACAAUUACAAGCACUACAGAUGAAAGUGUAUGUUUUACGGAUGUGGAAACUGUUGCUAAAAGAUGGAUGAUUGACUUCAGUUUUGUCAGUUUGUGUCGAUUCUUCAAGGAGGGCAAAUUCGAAGAAUUCAAUCAAACGAUUUCGACGCUGGAAGCGAUUAUUGAUAGCACACCCCAUCUAAAAGCCGAACAGAAACAGAAAAAGCAGAUAUGUGGCUUCCUCGCACGGAUAAUGCACGGGAAACAUUUAGACGUCCCCUUCGACAGAGACGAGCGGUUGUCGCCUCUGAUGUCAGCUGUCGGUGUCUGGGCGUCUCAGAAAGAGACUGUGGCGAAUGACACACUGUUCGAGCACGUCACCAAUCUACUCUAUGUUCAGAGUGUUGCUGUGUGCCUGGAGAAGGGGAACUGCACCAUGGCUUCAUCAGCUCUCAAAUGGCUUGAGGAGGAGUGUGAAAUCCCACGGAACUUGGGAAUCAAGCUGUCAUUGAUCGUGAGUAAGAGGGACACGUACCACCCGUUCCUUCUCAACUUCAGCUGGAACCGACUGCUGGAGAACAUACAGACCUUCCUGGAUCGCUUCCUGGAGGAACACCCCUCGGACUUCCUGCUCCAGGCAGCUACUAAGGUGGUCAAGGCAGGCCAGGAGAGAGGAACAGGGGAGGAGUCAGAGACUCAGGAGGCGUCAUCUACUACCAGCCAAUCUACUGAACACUCCAAAGAGAAUCAGGAGACCAGUGUUCUUAUGAGACCCAAGAAGAAGCUGCUAUCAACAAGGAAUAUCCAGCCCUGGCAACCAGUGUCUGGCAAGAAGCCUGCACUCACUUUAAUGAGAAAAAGGGGUGACUACCUCAUGAAGCUGGUUGAGAGAAUGCCAAGAGUGUGCAAAGCUGUCAUCAAGGCAAAGGUGUCGACGAGGUUGACCUACCGAAGAGCCUCCUCUGAGACGGCCCUGAACUCCACGACUCUUAGCACUACAAACAGGAAGACUCAUGGGAAGUGGCCGUGGGAUCUAGACAGGGCGCUGAAGGUGGGAGUGAAGCAUCACGGGGAGGGGAAGUGGUCACGCAUCCUCCUGGAACACGACUUCCAGGGUCGCACAGGGGUUCAACUCAAAGACCGCUGGAGGAUCCUCAAGAAGGCGCAUAAAGUCAACACAGAGUAAGGCUGUGUCCCACAUGGAACCCUAUUCCCUAAGAAGUGCAUUAUGGGACCUCUGUAUAGGGAACAGGGUGCCAUGUGGGACGUGGCUUUGGCCUAAGUCUGUUCGUGGACUCAGGGGUUUAUAUACCGUACUAUUGACUUGCCUAGUUGAUUAAAUAGGGUUAUUGUUCAAUCCCCGUGGUUCUCUCCAAGCUCUAGUUUGAAACUACAGUAUUGAUUCAAUCCGAUGGAGCGGUAGUAUGCCGGGUUUACCAUGAAAUUACAUCUCCAUGAACACCAGAACGUUGCAUUUAAAAGCUGCAUUGCCUACAACCCGCAAACAGAUUGAACAGGCAGGUUGUUGCUACCAGUAACCAGCAGAGGGAGCUAUAUAUCCUUCUGUGGACAAGAGCAGCUGAACUUGUAUAUUCAUAUUUUUACAAAACUAUUUAUCCUUUUAUAUAACUUAUCAAUGGCUUCUAGCUAUCAAUGGCUUCUAGCUGUCAAUGGCUAAAGGAACCAUCUGAACAAAAUGUUCAAUAGAAAAGAGAAAUCCAUAACAUUGAUGUCAUUCACUGUUAUUUCUUUUGUAUAUUUCAUUUAGUGUGUUUUUUUAUUUCUGCAAUAUCAAGUGACAAUACGAAAGCAUCAUUGUGUAUAGGAAAGUAGUCAAAUCUCUCAUUUUGGAUUGUUGUAUCCUUUUUCUAUGUACUGACAAGUGUUCUUAGAACAUUCUGUUAAAUAAAGAUAACUUUGAUUUGG